AUGGAACCCGCGCCACUCAAGAAUACAACACAAAGAUUGUUAUAUUUACCAUACAUGAUGUAUUACUUACUUCUGACAUACUUGAUCCAAGUAAUAAUUGUUAUCUAUCUAUCUAUCUAUCUAUCUAUAUGUUUAUAUCUAUGUGCAUAUCUAUCUAUCUAUCUAUCUAUCUAUCUAUCUAUCUAUGUGCAUAUUUAUCUAUCUGAAAAGUUUCGUCUUCUGUUGGUAUCUAUUCUUUCCUUCUUUCCUUCCUUCAUUCCUUCAUUCUUAUCUAUCUAUCUAUCUAUCUAUCUAUCUAUCUAUCUAUCUAUCUAUCUAUCUAUCUAUUAUCUAUCUAUCUAUGUAUGUAUGUGUUCCUUCCUUCCUUCCUCCCUUUUUUCCUUCCUUCCUUCAAUCCUUUCUUCCUUUUUAUCUAUCUAUCUAUCUAUCUAUCUAUCUAUCUAUCUAUCUAUCUAUCUAUCUAUCUAUCGUAAACUGUUCGGAGCUGUGAAUGCACCUCUAUAA